GGAAAGAGCAUUAGCUGUGCUGACUCCGUAGUAUGAAUAAUAUAUGGAGAGAGCUCUAUAGGUGUAUAAUGUUUCUGAGACAAACAUUUGCUUUCUCCGCAGGCAUUUCCCCUCGUAUUAUCUGCCUAAGGCUGGGGCAAAGAGCCACCUGAUGUAGAGAAGAGAGCAACUGAUGAGAGAAUCUUGAAAAUACCUGGGUCCUUGCCAGCUGCCAGUGGAAAGGAUGGUUGUGGAAGUCUGGUUGCAUCACUCGGCUCUUGGAAGAGUGUUCUGAAUCCUGUGCUUUUCUGGAAAGCCCUUGUCCCUCUGUUGGCUAGGAUGAUGCCUUUCUCUAUAGCCAACCUAUUUGGGAGACUUUGAAGAAUGGGGUCCUUCGCAAGACGUCACUUCUCAAUGGAGCAUGACUUUCAGGUUCCUUCUUUUGCUGCUGUCACUUCCAGCCACCUGCUCAGCCACACCUAUGAAAGAAACCCACUGCAUGAAGAAAUAGAGAGGUGCACUCUGCCUUGCUGGGACAGGACAAAGGCGUGUGAAAAGGGGGUUUCUUAGUGAUCAGCUACAAGCCAGUUCAGGUAACAGCGUGAGGAGGACCCAGGGCCUGUGGAGUUGCACCCUCUGGGAAGGAACAUUCAUAUCCAGGGGGCCAGUUGCCAUGCGGUUCUUCUUAAGGCGUUCACUGGCAGCAGCUAUUUCCCUGCUUGUGUUCCUGCUCCUCAUAAGUCUGUCUCCUUGGACCCAAGAGGAUUCUGAGACGAGGGAAGUACGACAGUGGGCCCAGCAUGUGGGGCUACAGCAAUUGCACACUGACUGGAAACAACGUAGUCUCCAAAAGCUAGGGAAUGCCACCAACUUCCUGAACAUCUCUUAUCGCUAUCUUGCUGGCAUCCCCCCACCUCAGAAAAAGUUUCUGACUGUAGGGCUGUGUUCUGUCAAGCGGAAGCGAGAGAACUACCUUCUGGAAACCCUGCAGUCUAUCUUUCAACAAUCAACCCAUGAAGAGCUGAGAGAGAUGGUGGUGGUUGUCCACUUAGCUGAUCCAGACCAGGAGUGGAAUUCUCAAGCACUGGAGAAAAUUGCCAAGAGGUUUGCUCCGCAAGUCUUGCUGGGCCGCCUGCUGGUCAUCCAUGCUCCUUCUGAAUACUACCCUCCCUUGGAAGGCCUGAAACGGAAUUUCAACGAUGCCGAAGACCGUGUGCGAUUCAGAUCGAAGCAGAAUGUGGAUUACGCCUACCUCGUGAACUUUGCAGCCAACCUCUCCACCUACUUUCUCAUGAUUGAGGAUGACGUCCGUUGUUCCAAGUCCUUCUCCACGGCCAUCAGAAAGUCUGUGGCGUCUCGGGAAGGCUCCCCCUGGGUCACCCUGGAGUUCUCCAAGCUUGGCUACAUUGGCAAGCUUUACCACUCCAGCGACCUGCCCCGUCUCGCUCAGUUCCUUCUGCUCUUUUACCAAGAGAUGCCCUGCGACUGGCUUUUCGUGCAUUUCCGCCUUCUUCUUACCCAGAAGGACGCAGUCCGUUUCAAGCCGUCCCUCUUUCAGCACAUUGGCCACUACUCUUCCUUCCAGGGCACAGUAAACAAGCUGAAAGAUGAAGACUUUGAAGAAGACCUCUCCACACACCCUGACAACCCCCCUGCAGAUAUGAUUACAGAUAUUAAGACGUUUGAGAAUUACCUUCCCAGCAAGGCUUACAGCAACAUGGAAGACUACUUCUGGGGCAAGGACCCCUCUGCUGGGAAUUCAUUCACGAUUGUUUUUAAGCAAGCUACCCAAAUCUUCCGCAUCCAGAUCCUCACAGGCUCCAAACAGCGCCCAGGAGACCAUCUCCGGGCGGGGAUUGUGGAGUUGGGCACCCAGAAGGGCCGGGGUGGCUUGCGCUGUACUAGCUACACCCCAAUUGGACACUUUGAGCAUGGAAACUUUGACAAGCAAGGCCUUGGGGGCAGGACUGCCUCUGCCCCCGAGUGUGUGCGCAUUACAGUGACUAGGACUCAGAGCGAAUGGCUGAUCAUAAGCAGCAUAAGCAUCUGGACAAAGGCUGGUCCCUGAACUGGAUGACAAUUCGAGUUCAAGCGCUCUCAUGACAAUCUUGUGAUACUAAGGGUGGUAGACCGGUGGGGUUUUAAUUUAGCCGAAGCCAAUAAUUAAACAUCCCACACCAAAUCUGUAAUUCAACAGAGGGGAGAUUAGCCUCCAAGCGCAAAGAAGCAUUUGGAACACAGGAUGGAGCAGAGCAUUUUUUGCCUUAGGAACUUAGAUGUUCAGGUGGCAGUCAACAUGACUGACAGUACUAGAGCUAGAGAGCUGGUGGACAGUGUCCUUCCUCCGCUCUUUUGCCUCUCUAAUGCACAGAUGUGAUUGCAAAAUCAUAGCUCACUUCCUUCCCAGAGAGAGUAGCUAUGGGUGGCAGUAAGCCAAGAAAAGUCCCGUGAAGUGGUUUCUCUGUUUCAUCUUCCAGUUAUGUUAACAUUUCUAUGUGCAGCUACACUUUUUAAAAAGGGGGAAUAUCAGUGGGAUCAUGAAUAUGAAGAUGCACACAAGCUAAGCCAAUCUGGUGACACAGGGAACUUAAGGAGAGAAUAUCACUCUUUGGGAGCAGUUGAAAAAACUGCAGGCUGUCAGCAUUAUUGGUGAAUGCAUAGAUUUGUAACUCCCAUAGCAGCUUAUUAUGACCAAGAAUGCAAACUCUGAUGAUGAUAAUAAUAGUAAUAAUUUCUUACUUAUACCCCACCCAUCUGCCUGGGUUGCUGCAGCCACGCCGGGUGGCUUCCAAAAGAAUAUAAAAAACAUAAUGAAACAUCAAGCAUCAAAAACUUCCCAACACAGAUGUUGCCUUCAGAUGUCUUCUGAAAGUCAUGUAGUUGUUUAUCUCUUUGACCUCUGAUGGGAGGGUGUUCCACGUGGUGGAUGUCACUACCAAGAAGGCCCCCUGCCUGGUUCCCUGUAACCUCACUUCUCUCUGUGAGUGGGAAAACGCUUAUGCUCAUAUGGAGAUAGCAGUAUUGAGUCAGUAGCUCAUGUGCUUCUAGCCUGCACUCUUUAUAAAGAUUUUAGGAGUGAUGUUAUUACUAUCCAUACCAGGUUGCUCAACCAUUGCUACUGUGUCCUUUCUUCUAGCAGAUAAUCAGGUGACAGCAAAAACUGCCAAGUUUUUACCAGGGGCAAUCAGAAUAAGAUCUAUUUGAUUAUGGAUGCAGACCUCCAGAAUGUAUUUUGUAAAGUUAUGUUUUUACCUCUAUCUUCAAUACAUUGUCUUUUACUUUAUUGCAACAGCUACCAGUUGAUGCAAAUAAAGAUAAUUCUGAUUCUGACUGCCACCUGAACCUCACAGGUACUAGGGUAAAAAAUGUAGCACAGCGACCCUACAAAUGACCGUGCAACAAGAAAAGCAGUCUCAGUGAGUGGUAUCGUACUUCUCAUCAAAAUGACUUGAAGCACAUUCUUGCAAAGAUUCUGUCUCUAAAGAUGUUUCCCUUAAACAGCCAUGUUUGUUCACCUGUGUUAUGCUUGCUGCAUUUGAGAUUUCCCAUUAUUUAGUCAGAUAGGCUCUAUUGUUUAGUGGGGUAACUAGAUUUCACUUUUAUAUUGUCUGCCUUUUAAUUAAUCUGCUUGACUAGUUCUCAAAAUGCAACCCUGAACGAAGCCGCUACCAGUUUUGAUCAACAUGGAAUAGUAUGUCAUUGUACCUUAAAUCUAUGUCAUUGCACUGUAAAUCUGAGAAAACCCUUCCCACAAAGGACAUACUUCAGUGUCGUCUAUCUAAAAAAAGACUCUUGGUGACCAGGAGACUUUCCUUUGGAAGAAUAUAUGUUAAUGGCACAGAAUGACUGCUAGAUUUUUAGGAUGCAUGGGACCUGAAACAAAAAGUUUAAAUAUGGAGCCAGCCAGCCAAUCCUGCCCUAUUCUAGGGUGCUCCAUUCCAUCCCCCCUCCAGAUUUCCAUUCCCAUCAAACAUCACUCAGCAUUGUGUGGCCUUUGGGCACCAUUUUGGAAUUCCCUGUACACAAAGUUGUUUGUACUUCUGCACACCUAAAACCUGCUGCUACCUCUCUUGUGCAUGGAUGGAACCACACCCAGUGAUUUUUGCUAUUUGUAUCUACGAUGGUUGAGCAGAUAUCAACUCUGGAAUGCAAAAGCCCCCUCCCUAGGCUAAUGGAAGGUCUCUCUGUGUAAAGUAACAACUCACAGAAUCAUAAAAUUGUAGAGUUGGAAGGGACCUUGAGGGUCAUCUGAUUCAACCCCUGCAAUGCAGGAAUCUUUUGCCCAAGGUGGGGCUUGAACCCACAACUCUGAGAUUAAGAGAAUCAUGCUCAAACAACUGAGCAAAAAGGAGGAGGCAGAGAAUUAGCAAAGAACCUAGGAGUAUUUUGGGGUGCAGUGCCCCUCUCUGAAGGGACCCAGGUGGCGCUGUGGUUAAACCACUGAGCCUAGGGCUUGCUGAUCAGAAGGUCGGCGGUUCGAAUCCCUGUGACGGGGUGAGCUCCCGUUGCUUGGUCCCAGCUCCUGCCAACCUAGCAGUUCGAAAGCACAUCAAAGUGCAAGUAGAUAAAUAGGAACCGCUACAGCGGGAAGGUAAACGGCGUUUCCAUGUGCUGCUCUGGUUUGCCAGAAGCGGCUUUGUCAUGCUGGCCACAUGACCUGGAAGCUAUACGCCGGCUCCCUCGGCCAAUAAUGCGAGAUGAGCGCGCAACCCCAGGGUCGGUCACGACUGGACCUAAUGGUCAGGGGUCCCUUUACCUUUACCUUUACCUGCCCCUCUCUGAGGAUUUGAUGUGGGACAGUGGAAUACGAAUGCAGUGGUGGUUGUAUCCAUCUAUGUUCUAUUACUUCUAUGUUUUCGUGAAUAAACCAAAUAUUCCAAAAUGCUGUAAGUAUCCAAUGUUCCUUCAGGAGCUAACUCUCACUUAGGGAAGUUGUAAUUGGGAGGUAUAUUCCAAUAAUGUAUUGAGGACAUCAUGUUGGCCCUUAGUGCUCUAGGCCAAACUCGUGCCACCUGCUUCCACGUCAGCCAUUUUCUGUGAAUUAGCCACUCUUUGUUCACUCACUUCUAUGAGGCAUUAGCAUGACAUUGUGCUCAAAAACAUCCAUCUCCCUAGUUUUCCCUGUUCAGUUUUCUCCAGAGCUCAU